AUGUCCAACCAAACUCCAUACAUCGGGAGCAAAAUUAGCUUGAUCUCUAAACUAGAUAUCAGAUAUGAAGGUAUUCUGUACACUGUUGAUACCAACGAUUCAACUAUCGCUCUGGCAAAAGUGAAGUCUUUUGGAACUGAGAAUCGUAAUACUGCCAACCCUGUUGCCCCUCGUGAUGAUACUUAUGAGUACAUCAUUUUCAAAGCCAGUGAUAUUAAGGACCUUAUUGUUUGCGAAACCCCAAAGGCUCCCUUAGCUGGCGGUCUUCCAUAUGACCCCGCUAUAAUUUCUGUUUCUACCAGAGCUGCCCCUGACGAUAAGGUGUCUGGAGGAUCUACUCGAUCAGCUACUCCUCAUCGUCAUAGCCCUAACUUCGCUUCCGGAGGAAAUAGAGCUCCUGGAUCUGGAAGAAAUCUCAACCGAGGUGGAAACGACAACCGCCAUCAAGGUAACCGUCAAUUCAACUAUAACCGAGGUGGAUAUCCAAACCAAAACCGUGGACGCGGAUACAAUGGUCCAAGAACCAACACAAGGGAAAAACUGAAGUACGAGGGCGAUUAUGACUUCGAAAAAGCCAAUGAGCAAUUCCAAGAACAGUUAUGUGAAAUGCUUGGGGACAAACUUAAGCUCGAAAGUGGUGAAAAGAGUGAAGAAGAAGAAGCUACCAAGACUGAGGAGAGCUCAUACUAUGAUAAGAAAAAUUCCUUCUUCGAUCGCAUCAGCUGUGAGGCUCUCGAAAAAGCCGAAGGAAAGUCUGGCCGCCCCGAUUGGAGAAAGGAACGAGAGACAAACCAAGAGACGUUUGGACAUUCAGCCGUAAGAUCUUUCAACUACCGUCGCGGAUUUGGAAAUCGUGGUCGUGGCCGUGGAUACAAUGGCCAAGGUGGUGGUUAUGGUGGUUAUCGCGGCAACCAGAACGGAGGAUACAAUGGUUAUAGAAAUAAUGGAUACAACAACCGUGGAAGAAACUUUAACAGAGACACCGCGUUCAGUGCCCAAAACCAGUAA